UUUUGUUUUUCGCACUUUUCGAAUCCUUUGCUGUGCACAUUCAGUCUCUCUCCGUCAGAACUCCGGAUCGCACUUUAAGAAUUUUUGCGAAGUUUCAUCACGUUUACUAGUGGAAAAAAGAGGGCACAUCAUGGCAGCACAUUUUAUCAAGAAAAUUGCUUGUACGCCGUUUGGACAACGUGGCUACGCUUCCGGUGUCAAAAAGGUUACGUUGAUUCCUGGUGAUGGAAUUGGUCCGGAGAUAUCCGAAGCGGUUCAAAAAAUUUUCCAGGUCGCGAGUGUGCCCAUCGAAUGGGAGGCAGUAGAUGUCACUCCGGUCAGGAAUCCAGACGGAAUGUUCGGUAUUCCACAAGGUGCCAUAGAUUCGGUGAAUCGCAACAAAGUCGGCUUAAAGGGACCACUAAUGACACCGGUAGGCAAAGGUCAUCGGUCCUUAAAUUUAGCUCUCCGAAAGGAAUUCAACCUGUACGCUAAUGUACGUCCCUGCAGGAGUUUAGAAGGGUACAAAACUUUGUACGAUGACGUUAAUGUUGUGACUAUUCGUGAAAACACCGAAGGCGAGUACUCCGGCAUUGAGCACGAAAUCGUUGAUGGUGUGGUGCAGAGUAUCAAACUGAUCACAGAGGAAGCCUCUACUAGGGUAGCCGAGUAUGCUUUCAAAUAUGCCAAGGACAACAACCGGAAGAAGGUCACUGUUGUGCACAAGGCUAACAUUAUGCGUAUGUCUGACGGUUUGUUCCUUCGGUGCUGCCGUGAGAUGUCCAAAAAAUAUCCGGAAAUCAAGUUUGAAGAAAAAUACCUUGAUACGGUAUGCCUGAACAUGGUGCAGGAUCCGAGCAAGUUUGACGUUCUGGUUAUGCCAAAUUUAUACGGUGACAUUCUGUCUGAUAUGUGUGCCGGUUUGGUCGGCGGAUUGGGUCUAACUCCUUCCGGCAACAUGGGCCUAAACGGAGCACUGUUCGAGUCAGUUCACGGUACCGCACCAGAUAUUGCCGGAAAGGAUCUGGCAAAUCCGACCGCCCUGCUACUCUCGGCCGUAAUGAUGUUGAGGCACAUGGAGUUGAAUCAGCAUGCCGAUAAGAUUCAAAAUGCUUGCUUCGAAACGAUUAAGGAGGCUAAAUAUUUGACCGGCGAUCUUGGCGGUAAAGCCAAGUGCUCGGAGUACACUAACGCUAUCUGCGACAGAAUCAAGUAAAUGUUUAUUCCUGUCUUCUACCUGUGCUCGGAAAAGAAAGCAAAGUAGAAAAACGUUACGGUUAUCUUUAUUUCGUAAAUUUUACUCGUACCCAGCUAAGUCCGAUAAACGAAUAUUUAUGAUUUUAGUGUUCUUCGGUCGAAUAGCGCAAGAAUCUGACCAAUUUAACGCGCAGUAGUACUUCAAAUAAAUUAUUUUGAGCAGGCAGUAUUACGAAACCGAAUCGUCCCAACUAGAACCGACCUUCCGACUAGUCAACUACCUGUUUUGUCCUAGCUUGCAGUAAUUUUCGGACAAUAAUUCUGCUGUGCGAACUACUUUUCAUUAUGCGUGUGGUUAUUGGAAUAAGUAACCGAUUUUUGUAAACUAUUGAAAUCCCCACGAAGCUAGAACAAACGAGUAUAGUAAUUGUGCGACGUCGGAAAAUUAUUUAUUUGAAUUAUAAAAAAACAUACCUAAUGUUACAUACUUGAACAAUACAAGUCCGUAUAAAAAUA